UUGGAGCGGCUUGCGCACUCGACGCUCAUGCACGAGUGCAAGUUGGCGCUGGUAACAGUGCCCAUGCAGAUGCGGCUGCGAGUCUUGGGAAACUGCAUGUCUGGGGCGACGACACGGGCUGCGCAUAUGCACGAGGAUCUGGUAUCCAUGCUGGACGCGGCUGCGUGCACGCACGCAGAGGCGGUGGCAGUCGAGGUCGGCAACCGACGCAUCACGUACGCUGAGCUGCAUCGGCUCGCGGCUCGCACGGCCACAGCCCUGGGCGAGGCUGGGGUCAAGGCUGGCGAGGUUGUGUGUGUGCAUGCGGAUGGGAGUCUGGAAUGGAUCGUGGGCUUGCUUGGUGCAUUGCAAGCCGACGCCGUCUUUUGCAGCUUGGAUGCCACUCUCCCCCACGAGCUUCGCCGCGACAUGUUCCGGACGGCCGGCGGCCGUGUCUUUCUCGUUGGUCAUGAGCGGCAGAGACAGUUGAUGCCAGACGGAUGUGCCCACUUGGUGUGCCAGCAAUCGCUCCCUGCUUCCGCCACAGCCGCUCCCCACCAUGCAGCCGACGGGGACGGAGGGGGCAACGGAGAACGUAAGCUCAAGCUCAAGCGCACUCCCCGGCCGCUAGCUCCCGCGUACCUUUGCUUCACCUCUGGUUCCACCGGCCGUCCCAAGGGCGUCAUCUGCACCCAUCAGGCCCUGGUCGCCUUCCAGGCUGACGUCGAGGUACGCCUUCACGCGAACCCGGGCAUCCGAAUCGCCCAGUUCAUGUCGCCCGCCUUCGACGGAAGCAUCCAUGAGAUCUUCUCCGCCCUCUGCUACGGGGCAACGCUCGUCCUGCGCGACCCGGCCACGUCGGCUGACCCCUUCGACGUCCUGCGCCUAGUCAGUAGCGCCAUCAUGACGCCCUCGGUCGCCUGUUGCCUAUCGCCCGCGGAUUUUGCAAACCUCGAGACCGUGUACCUGGUCGGAGAGCAAGUUUCUCACCCCGUCGUGGACAAGUGGGCCGCUCGCGGCCGCAAACUAUACAACAUGUACGGCCCCACCGAGGGCACGGGUGGCGCAACCAUAACUCGACUCCAACCGACCCAACCCGUCACCAUUGGCCACCCUAAUCCAACGUCGCGCCUCUACAUCCUGGGACGCAAUGGCUGCUUACUCCCACAGGGCGCCGUUGGCGAAAUCUACAUCGCUGGAGUCCAGAUUGCCCUGGGCUAUGCCAACCUGCCUGAUCACACGGCUACCCGCUUCGUGCCGGACACGAUAUGUCCCGGCCUUGGCGAAACCAUGUAUCGGACUGGCGACUACGGCUAUUGGGAUCACAACGGCCAUGUCGUCUGCCUUGGUCGUAGAGACCGCCAGCUCAAGCUGCGCGGCUUCAGGCUCGAUCUGGACGAUCUUGAGGCCCGCAUUCUCAAGGCACUGCCGCAUGUCAAAGCUGUCGCGCUUACAAGGUCUCAAAAAGGAGAUAGCCUCGUUGCUAUGAUUCAGCCGGCCACCGUGUCCCAGGAUGCAGUCAAGACUGCCAUGUUGCAAAUCCUGCCCAAGCCAGCCGUUCCCUCUGCUAUUGCUUGCGUAGACGUCUUCCCUCUAACCCGUGCUGGCAAAGUCGAUGCACAAGCAAUUGCAGCCAGUUUCGCAGCCCAUUAAAAUCGUGGGCCCCUCCAUCUCUAGAAUGCAUCUGUGAUUUUUACCUAGUUGGAAGGCAGUGGGUCAAAGUACAAGUAGUUGCCAUUAGUCAAGCAAUCUUCAUUUGAUAGUCAUGCUCGCCACUUA